CAAAAUAUUCUUACUCGCCAAACAGUUCUUCACAGGUCAGACCCACUAACUCACGCUUCCUAUUACGGCUGGAUACGCAUCCGCACGGAGCAAGAGUAUACUUCAAGGGACUUUGGGCCUACAAGGAUGGAGCUCAAGGUGACCGUCGAUGGUGUCCAGCGUAUUGUCUGCGGAGUCACAAAGAAGACCACAUGUCAGGAAGUAGUCAUCGCUCUGGCCCAAGCCCUGGGACGUCCAGGUCGGUACUCUCUAAAGGAAAAAUUAAAGGAGUACGAGCGCAGCAUGACCCCCAGUGAGCACCUCCUAGAAUCUCUGGAAAAGUACGGUCAGCAAGCUAGGGAGGUACAGCUCACCCUGCAACAUCUUGGGCCUUCAAAAGUGGAGGACAAUGUACUCUCUAGUGCUGGUACUCGGCUAAGGAAGUCAGAGGUGGGAAGCAAAAACUGGGCAGCAAGGAGAGCUGGUUAUGUACAUCGCCAAAGCCUGCCACCCUUGUCUCGUCUAAGGUUAGACGCAGAGCCACCUCACACAGUUGAGGCCAAGGGGCAAAAACGCAAAUCUUUUACACUGGUGGAGGAAGCGAAGGGCUGGCUGGAGAGCCUGGGCUGGAAUGGGAGGUUCCAGAGGAUACAGCAGAAAGAAAAGGGUUUGGAUACGGAGAAGACAGAGAGCCAUCGGUGUCCCGAAGGUGACUCUGGGCAGCUCUCCUCCACAGUGGUGUCACAAGAAAGAGGAAACUGUAAAUCCCCCACAGUUACCACACAUCAGAAGAGGGAAAGUCUCCUUUGUGAGACUGACAGUAGGGCCAAGGGUUCCGGCAAGAAUGAAGAGACAAAGAGUAUGCAGCUCCCAACUCAUAAAGUAAAUGAGGAACAGGAUGCAUUGCGAACACUGUUGGUUUGCCAGCAGGCCAGUCUGCAUGAACUGCAGGUGCAAAUUGGCGCAGUUGAGGCUCAGAUUAAGUUGGAGGAGGAACAUCAACUGGAGAAGGAGCAAGAAUUCUUUCAGCAGACAGUAUAUGAGGAGGAUGAGUUGCAGUACUGGGAGAAUGAACUGAGAGCAGAGGCGGCCUACGAGCAAGACCUGCAGCAGCAGUUUUUGGAGAUGAAGCGGAAGGCUGCGGAAUGUAAGGCAAGGCUGGAAGAAUACAAAUUCCGACUCCACGGCCUGGGGGAAGGGCAGAACCUUAACUUUGCUGUUCCACAAGGCGAGGAUUUGGAUACUGGGUACUCUGAUUCACCAAUCAGAGGGGGUUUUCAAGAGGGAGAGGAGAAGCUUUUGCAAGCAGGGAACAGAACUGAAAGUUCCACAACUCUGGCUCCCAUUGGAGAGCCCUGUUCAUCCUUGGGACACUUUUUGAGAUGUCAGAACAUACACACAGGACCCAGUGCGCCGGAACAACUUCGUGAGAAAUGCUGGGUGAGAAAUGCCAUGUUUCGCUGCUCAGAAGUGACAAUGUAUACGAGUAGCACAAGGGUCUGAAAGAAGGGUGGGGGUCCUCUUGUGGUCACUACUGUGGUUAACCUGCAUAUACAUUUAAAUACAGUGCUUUUACUUCAAUAGACCUAGUGCUCUUUACCAUUAAGUUACCAUUUAACUGCAUAAAGUUCCCAUAAAAAGCCAUAAUAAAAAGUUUGAUUUCUGGGGACUCUGUUCUGGGGAACAAUUAGCAUCAGUUCUCUAAAUGCAAUAGGCGCAAAUGAACAUCUAAGAACAUCGAGGUACAGUGUAAAUCCUUAAUUGUAUUGAAAUGUUCACUUUUUGUUAAGUUCCAUGGGAAUCCAAUCCACUCUCAUUUCUUGCACCAAGGAGAAUAAAUAUACUCAAAAAAGGGGAAGUGGGACUACGUUCCUAACCAGAAAACACUGAAAUUCACAAUUCUAAAAAUCAGACUUAAAGGUACACAGCAAAAGCAAAUGAAGAGACGACAUACAUUAAUGUUCCGUAAAACGUUUAUUUAAGUUUCAUUCAAGACCAUUAACAAAAGUACACAGGAGCGUGUGCAAGGCCCAGCCCGAGCCUGACCACCUCCACGGUUUUGUUCAUUAUAACAGUAAUAACACCAUGUGCCACUGAAGGGGCGGCACUCUCUCACCGAUCCCUCCAGCUCACAGAAUUCAAAAUCUCAAUCGCUUUUCCCCCAGAUCAACCCCCCCAUCUCCCCCCUUCAAUUUAAGCAAGUUCUUGAAUUAUAUGAUGAAGUGGGGGGGGGGGGGGGCAGGGG